AAGGGAUGGAUGGUUCCGUCAGGCGCUUCCCGCACCUCCCCGCUCCCUGCUUGCAAAGUGGUUGUGCCCCAAGGUCCGCCUCCAGGCCACGUGGGUGCUGCGGCCAAGCUUUCCCUUCCUUGGAGAGAGGUUUCCGCUGUACGAGCGGAGCUUCCGGGCUGCGCUCCUCGCUGCCCAGUUUCCGCUCAGUGGUCGCGUCUCCGCCCCCCACCCACCAGUCCCGCUGCAUUCUCGGCCGGGCUCCAGGCGCCAUGGCUCCUCGCGGGAGGAAGCGUAAGGCUGAGGCCGCGGUGGUCGCCGUAGCCGAGAAGCGAGAGAAGCUGGCGAACGGCGGGGAAGGAAUGGAGGAGGCGACCGUUGUUAUCGAGCAUUGCACUAGCUGACGCGUCUAUGGGCGCAACGCCGCGGCCCUGAGCCAGGCGCUGCGCCUGGAGGCCCCAGAGCUUCCAGUAAAGGUGAACCCGACGAAGCCCCGGAGGGGCAGCUUCGAGGUGACGCUGCUGCGCCCGGACGGCAGCAGUGCGGAGCUCUGGACUGGGAUUAAGAAGGGGCCCCCACGCAAACUCAAAUUCCCUGAGCCUCAAGAGGUGGUGGAAGAGUUGAAGAAGUACCUGUCGUAGGGAGAUUUGGGUAGAAGCCCUCAUGCUGAGCUUUGUGUCCCUGGUGAUGUUGGAACAUUAAUGAUGGAACAUGGCCAAACUUCAGUCAUGAUCCUGAAGCCAUGGUUUCUUCCCUGCCAGAAAUGAAGGUUCAGUUAUGAGGCAACCCUCUAGUAAGGCAUUGUAAAAGUUACUGGAUUUGGUUUAAUAAAAGUUGAAAUAAAGUA